AUGCUAUCUGAUGAGCAAGCAACAGCAAAAACAGGUUAUGUAAUAGAAAAUGAUAAAACCCCAGUGAUUUUAGACAGUAUGUUUAAAAUAAAUAUUCUUGAAUUAGAGCCCGAGGAGCUAGAAAAAUUCAAAGGACAUCACUGA